AUGGUCCUGGUUGACCUCUUGACCUCCCCUGAGACAUGUUUCCUGCUCUACUUCCUGCGGUACCUCAAGUGUCUUGUGUGUGAGUGGGACAAGUUUGUUACAGCAUGUCAUCUUAGAUUUUGUGUGUCCCAGAAUGAACCCAUGGAUCUUGAACUGAGUGGACAGACUGCUUCCAGAGUGUCAGACCACCCAGAACAAGAAGUGUGCGACAAUGUACCAGUUGAACAUUCACAGCUUAUAGAGGAUAGAUGCAAAUGUUUACAGAAGUCAGUAAAGACAGACCACCCAGAUGGUAGGGAUGGUGAAUGUAGGAGCUCAGAUAGCAGCCAGAUAUCUUCAGGAGCAAUGACAUCCCCUCACACACAGCCAUUUCCAACACAAUCAUCUACUCCACAACCAUUUCCUACACAAUCAUCUAAUCUACAGCCAUUUCCAACACAAUCAACCACUCCACAACCAUUUCCUAUACAAUCAUCCACUGCACAACCUUCUCAAACACAAUCAACUACUCCACAACAAUCAUCAAAUCCACUAUCAUCUACUUCACAACCAUUUGCUACACAAUCUAAUCCUCAACCAGUUCCUACACAAUCAUCUAGUCCAAAACCUUCUCAAACACAAUCAUCCACUGCACAACAAUCACAGGCUAGAGGACACUGUAGUGGGUUGUCUUAUUUGGCAGCAUACUGUGAUGAUGAUGAUGAUGAUGGUGGCAGUGAUGGAGACAUACGUUCUUCUGCCACAACACUGACAGAUGGGGUUGUGCUGACCCCUGGAACAGUGCCGUCUACUGUCCAACUCAGUGCAAGGUCAUGUGACCUACAGUGUGUGGAGAGUGUGAUGAGUGAACUUAUCCGAGUUGGUCUAAGAAUUGAGAGACUGUCCAGUCAAGACCUGUUCCCCUACAACCCCGGGCCCCUGUUGUCCCUGCUUGAACAGUGUGAGCUUCUGUAUGACGGAAUGGAAACUGACAAACAUGUGCAGUAAUAUACAAGAAAUCAUCAACAUUGCCGUUUUGUAAUCU